AUGAAAUCUCUGAGAAUUAACAAUCAAUAUAUAAUAUCUAGAAAAAUUGCAUCAGGUGCAUUUGGGUUUGUGAUGCUAGGUUUUGAUUAAAAAACAGGACAGUAAGUGGCUAUAAAAAUUGAAAAACCUGAAAAUGAGCAUCUCAGAUCCUUAGAAAAAGAAGUAGACAUAAUAAGAAGAUUGGAAGGAGUUUAAGGAGUGCCUUAAAUGUUAUAUUUUGGUAAAUAGGAUGACUUUAAUGUGUUGGUUUUGCAACUUCUUUCUAAAGAUUUGUCCUCUUUGAUAAAAAAAUAAAAGAAAUUUAGCCUCAAAACUGUUUUAUAGAUUGGAAUUAAAUUAGUAGAAGUACUGGAUGAUAUUCAUUAAAAAGGAGUAUUACAUAGAGAUUUAAAACCAGAAAAUAUUAUGAUUGAUGAUAAUAAUAGAUUUUAUAUUAUUGAUUAUGGUAUUAGUAAGGCAUUUAUGCGUAAAAAUGGAACCCAUUUGUAAAAUAUUAAAAUAAUUAGACCUUUCAAAGACAGAUAACCAUUUAUUGGAACAUCUCGAUAUGCUUCGAUUGCAGCUCAUAAAGGAAAUGAAUUAGGAAGAAAAGACGAUUUGGAAUCUUUAAUUUACAUCCUAUUGUACUUUUAUUAUGGGUAAAAAUGAAGAUUUUCAUUGUUUCAGUAAUUUACCAUGGCAAAACAUUAAGCAUGUUCCAAGUGACUAAAAGAUAAUAUAAGUUGGUGAAAUUAAGUAAAAAUAGACUCUUGAAUUGUUUAAUAAUUUACCUGAAGAAUUGAAAAAAAUAUAUGAGUAAUAUUUUAAUAAAUAUAUAGAUAUUUACGUAAAUUAACAUAUGUAACAGAACCAGAUUAUAAAUCAAUUAUUAAAUUAUUUUAAUAAGCUGCUAAAAAUUCCAAAAUAAAAAUUGAUUCUAUUUAUGAUUGGGAUAUCCAAAAUACUGCUCAAACAGAAAUGUUUUCUCGUUAUGGAACAAUUUAAUUUGAUGAUAAUUAUGAGAUUGAUUAAUAUCAAUCUAAUUAAUAAAUGUAAAUAUUCUAUCAUUUUAUAGAAAUAUUAAAUAACAUCAUAUUAAUCCUAAUAAAAGAAAAACCUUUUGUCCAUCUUUAAUUAAAUAAACUUUUAAUUAAGAUCUUAUUUAAAUUGUAAAAGAUAAAGGUAAAAAAAGUAAUGGAAGUAGUGCAAUGGAAAAUAUUGAUGAGAUAUAUUAAUUAUCAAAAGAUGAAAUAAGUGAAGAUACUUAAUAAAUAAUUCCAGAGGAAUGUUAAUAAAAUUAAGGUUUGAGAGUUAGAACGUUGCCUGAUUAUUUGAAAAAACCGAAAAUCAAAUAAAAACCAACUUAAACUCUCGUUUUUGAUGAUGAUUGGGUGAUUGACUCAGGUACUCAUUUAGUAGAUAAUUAUAAAAAAUUAUAAUCUUUAAGUAAUUAAAUGACUACUAUUUUUCAUCAUAAAUAAAAGUGA